CAAAAGAAAAGAAAAACACAGUUUACUAAUAGUAGCCGAUUCCCCCAAAAUAAGAAGAGAGAGAGAUUAGUGAUUAAUUUCUGUAUUAUUAUUUUUGAUUAAUUUCUCGAUUAUUAAGCCAUUGUUUCGAAAUGAGCAGGGGCGAUCUCCUCAGCAUCCAUCCUUUAGAACUCAAGUUUCCUUUUGCGCUGAGGAAACAGAUCUCUUGCUCUCUUCAAUUAUCGAAUAAAACCGAUAAUUAUGUAGCUUUCAAGGUGAAAACAACAAAUCCGAAGAAGUAUUGCGUUCGUCCUAACGCUGGUGUCGUCUUGCCUCGAUCCACAUCCGAUGUUAUAGUUACCAUGCAAGCGCAAAAAGAGGCACCUCCUGAUAUGAAUUGCAGGGAUAAAUUCCUCCUUCAAAGUGUAAAAGUAAAUGAUGGAAUAACUGCAAAGGAUAUAACUUCAGAACUGUUUAACAAGGAAGCUGGGCAUGUGGUUGAGGAAUGCAAGUUGAAAGUUGUUUACCUUUCACCACCACAACCACCUUCACCAGUACAUGAAGGUUCAGAAGAAGGGUCUUCACCGAGAGGCUCGGUUUCAGACAACGGACAUGUCAAUGCCGCAGAAUUCUCUACAGCUGCUAAAGCAUUUAACGAACAGCUUGAAGCUCAAGAUUUAUCUCCCGAGCAGACAAGAACUCAUAUAACGAAGCUGACCGAGGAGAAAAAAAGCGCACUUCAACAAUGUAACAAGAUUCGUCAUGAACUGGAACUGUUGAAGCGCGAAGGCAACAAAAGCGGCGGCGGCGUGUCGUUCAUGUUUGUCAUCAUCAUCGGCUUGCUUGGCAUAUUUAUGGGAUAUAUGAUGAAGUCAUAAGCGACUGUUUUCUUCAAUUAUCUCCUGCCUGUGCACGGGCCAAGACUUCAAAUGCGGAUUGUGACACGUGGCACCUGCAUAUUUUAGUUGAUCUUUAUGAAUUUGAUGAAGGAAAAAGGUUAGAAAAAGGUUAGCUCAGUCCAAUUAGCAAAGACUUAUUACAAUUGAAUUCUUAAUUCUUUGAUUCUUGUAGUUGCUAGUUGUAGCAUGCAUUCUUUCUGUAACUUAGAAAAGAAAAAAAGUGAGAAAUUUUGUUAAUGAUUAUACAUAGCUUUGUAAUGCUUAAAUCAGCUACCAUUUUUUUCCAUGCA